AUGGGUCCGGUUCCGAUCCAGUGUCUCACGUUGGUGGCAUAUGGCCGACCUCACAUCCAACAGCGCGUUGUCGUUGAAGAUGUGAAGAGACGGUCGCUUUCCUCGGACUACGGCGGCCAAUCUGCGGAACUCCGAAGACUCUGGCGUCGACCGUCUGAUAGGACAUCAACUCUCACAAUAGUAGUCCCUGCCCAUCCCAAAAGCAGCAGAGGAAACUCUUUUGUUGGUGUUGGUUCAGUUGUGGUUGCUGCGGCUGCCGAACGCUUUGAGGGUGUGAGUGGACACGCCGACUAUGGUUACCACAGAGGAUCCAGCUCUCAUUCCCUGAGGCCAUAUCCUGCAUUCCGAUCAUAG